AUGAGCGACGAAGCGGACCCGCUCUACUCGCUGGGCCUGUGCGUCGGGAGCGGCGAGCCUACCCGCGAGCGCUCCGUGUUUCAGACGAAUCAGGACACGGGCUGGGUAUGGUGCCGCGCGCGCGACGCGGAAAACAUGCAUGCCAUGUGCGCGCAAAUAUUGCAUCACGUACGCGACGUGGAGCUCGGCAAUGUCGAGCAGGACGCGGGUGCGGACGACAAGACGCGCGUGCUGAGCGAUCCCUUGGAAGAGUGUCCUGUGCAGGAGCAUAAUCCAGAGUACUACGAGCGUAUUGCACGCCCGACCUCGCUGCAUGCGAUUACGCACCGUAUCGUGCACUGCGAGUACGCGCAGCCGGCGCUGUUUGAGCAGGACAUGCUCCAGCUCUUUUCGAAUGCGCGUACGUGGUAUGGCCUGGGGACGCCGGGCUACAAGGAAAUGAUCACGCUGCAGCGGCUCUACCAGCAGCUGACGCCGUCGAAAGGCGCGCUGCACGACGCGUCGGGCAAGAGCCACGUCAAGGCGCGCGCGACCGACAUUGACGUCGUCGAUGCGCGCCGCUCUGGGGCACACGCGUCGCACUACUUUGCCUCGAGCGCAUACGGGCCGGGAAACGAGCCGAGCGACGCGGCGACCGACGUGCACAAGGCCCUGGAUCACGCCUACUUCAAGGGGCGCGCGUACCGCGCAGGCGACUGGGUGCACCUCAUGAACCCGGUGGAUCCCUCGCGGCCGAUCGUCGGCCAGCUCUUUCGCGUGUACCAAAAAAAGAGCACGCCGGGCAUCUUUGUCACCGCCUGCUGGUACUACCGGCCCGAGCAGACGUCCCACGCAGACUCACGCCUCUUUGCCGAGAACGAGGUGGUAAAGACGGGCGUGUUUGGCGAGCACGCGCUCGAAGAUAUCAUGGAAGAGGUCCUCGUCCUGUUCCACACCAAGUACACGCGGGCCCGUCCGGUGGCCGAGUACAGCACACCGAAUGUCCCGCUGUACAUUGUCGAGUCCAAGUACGACGUGCGCACGCAUGAGUUCCACAAAAUCCAGAGCUGGGCGAGCUGCGUGCCGGUAGACGUGCGUGCAAAGCACACGCCCAUGACCAUCUUUGCCGUGCCGAGCGAGGUGCCGAAGCGCAGCGCGUCGCUGCUCACGAGCAACGUGUACGCGCCCGGCUUUGGCGUGCUUCUCGAGCAUGCGCGGCGCGACGACGAGCCACACGAGUACCGCGACCUGUUUGACACGGGCGUAAGUGCAGCCGAGGCCGCGGCGCCCACGCCGGCCGCGGCGCCUCCGCGCCCCGCCGUCGCAGGCCUGAAUGCGGCGCACCCUGACCGCCUGCGUGCGUACGCCGCAUUUCAUAUGGUCGCGAGCGACGUUGCGCGGCGCACGAGCCCUGCGUCGUACGCGGCCGUGCAGCAGGCGCUGCUCUCCCACCCCGAUGCGACGCACGGCGAGCUGAUUGCGCUGGGCAUGCGCUACAGUGUGCCCGAUGGGCUCAUUGUGCGCCUGCGCGAUGCGGCGCGCAACGCUGGCGUGCUGCACGACGUCGAGGUGAGCCGUGCGCCGAGCGUGCCUGGCCUCGCGCCGGUCUUUGUCGCGCACCGCGCCGAAGGCACGUUUAGCGCGCUGCCCGCUGCGACCCGCGACCUCUUCCGCCAAGAUGCCGAGGGCAAGACGCUGUGGUACGCGGCCCCCCCGCUCAGCGGCUGGAACGGCUCGACGGCGGUCCAGGACGGGACGACGCAGCUCCCCCUGCCUAGUCUGUCCUACAUGUACGAGAUGGUCCGGAAGCAUAGUAAUCCUGUAGAAUAG